AAAAUCCCAGCUCGCUCAGGAACUGGGAUUGCCACCAAGGCAAGUUGCAAUAUGGUAUCAGAACAAGCGAGCACGAUGGAAAAGCCAGAGCCUUGAGGUUGAUUACAAGGCCUUGCAACAAAGAUUAGAUAAUGCCAUGUCGGAUAAUGAGAGGUUAAAAUUGGAAGUUGAGAGGCUUAAGGAGGAACUAAACAAAGCUCAAGAAAUGUUGUUGGCAUUCAAUACCACAACUAAUAAUUAUUCAUCAAUAUCAAGUUCUUGUGAUGAAGUUGGGAGUUCAUGUUUGCAGCUUCAUACUCAAUCCAAACAUCAUCUUGAUAAGGAGCUCUAUGCUUGUUUAAUUGGUGAUGAAGGUCACUUUGGGCAUAAUUUCUUUGCUUCAUCUAUGUCUUGA